AUGAGUGAUUUACCAAUUGACUUCACGGAGUUGGUAGAUUUGACGUCGAUCGGGAUUUCCCCUCAGUCCCUCGAUUUCAGAUCGACAACUUUCGAGAGCGACAGGUUUGUCACAGUAAGGGAAACUAACAAUGGCUCGAAUUCGGUGGCUAUCGUCGAUUUGCAAAAUGGAAACCAAGUAACUCGCAAAAACAUGGGUGGUGACUCGGCCAUUAUGCAUCCGUCGCAAAACGUCAUCUCUGUAAGAGCCCAAGGCACGGUUGUGCAGAUCUUCAACCUCGACACCAAAUCCAAACUCAAGUCGUUUACACUGGAAGAGCCCGUGCUCUUCUGGAAAUGGCUAAGCGAUGAAUUGUUGGGGUUUGUUACUGCUAACUCGUUGUACGUUUCCAAUGUCUUCGACGGAGAAACCUCUAAACAGCCAACAAGAUUGACGCAAAGACAUGCCAAUUUAAAUAAUGCGCAGAUCAUCAAUUUUGUCGCAAAUGCCCAACUUGACUGGUUUGCAGUCGUCGGUAUCAUACAGGAGAAUGGCCGCAUUGCAGGUAAAAUUCAACUAUUUUCCAAGGCUCGUGGGAUUUCUCAGGCCAUAGAAGGCCAUGUCGCAACAUUCUCCACAAUUUUGCUAGAGGGCAAUUCCACACCAGUGCAGGUCUUUGUUACUGGUAACAAGAAUGCUUCCGGCACCGGCGAGCUACGGAUUAUUGAGAUCGAUCACAAUAGCUCUAACCCAGUGUCUUACCAGAAGAAAAAUGUCGAUAUCUUUUUUCCUCCAGAUGCGGUCAAUGAUUUUCCAAUUUCAGUUCAAGUCUCAGAGAAAUACGGUGUGAUUUACGUUUUAACAAAACACGGUUUCAUCCACCUGUAUGAACUUGAAACCGGGGCCAACUUGUUUGUUAACCGUAUCACAGUAGAACCCGUUUUCACUGCUACAACCUACAACCAGAAAAAUGGUAUCGCGUGCAUUAACCGUAAGGGCCAGAUCUUGGCAGUCGAAAUUUCAAAAGACCAGAUUGUUCCUUACGUACUCAACAAGCUCUCCAAUGUCUCGCUGGCACUUACGAUGGCUUCCAGAGGUGGACUUCCAGGUGCCGACGACCUCUUUAAUAAACAGUUCGACACUUUGCUAGCCUCGGGUGAUUAUCAGAAUGCCGCCAAAGUAGCAGCUUCUUCGCAGCAAUUGCGUACUCAAACGACCAUCAAUAGAUUGAAAAAUAUCCAGGCUCCUCCAGGUGCCAUUUCUCCUAUCUUGUUGUACUUUUCGACUUUAUUGGACAAGGGAAAACUGAAUAAGUACGAGACCAUAGAGUUGGCUAAACCAGUUUUGCAGCAAGACCGCAAACAAUUAUUUGAGAAAUGGUUGAAAGAAGACAAGCUAGAAUGCUCCGAAGAACUUGGUGAUGUGGUGAAGCCUUUUGAUACGACGUUGGCCCUGGCAUGCUACCUGAGGUGCGAGGCACACUCGAAAGUUGUUACAUGUUUGGCCGAGUUGCAACAAUUUGAUAAGAUUUUGCCUUAUGCUCAAAAGGUUGGUUACCAACCCAACUAUGUCGUUUUGAUUUCCAACUUGUUAAGGACGUCGCCGGACAAAGCCUCUGAGUUUGCGGUAAGUCUAUUACAGUCCCCCGAAACGUCUUCCCAGCUAGAUAUUGAGAAGAUUGCAGAUAUUUUCUUCACUCAAAACUUAGUUCAACAAGGUACUUCUUUCUUGUUGGACGCUUUGAAGGGCGACACUCCUGAUCAGGGCCAUCUACAAACCCGCGUAUUGGAGGUUAAUUUGCUGCAUGCUCCUCAAGUGGCAGAUGCCAUACUGGGAAAUAACAUAUUUAGUCACUUUGACAAGCCAACGAUUGCUUCUCUGGCGGAAAAAGCAGGACUCUAUCAAAGAGCGCUUGAAAAUUAUACCGAUAUUAAGGACAUCAAGCGCAGCAUCGUCCAUUCUAGCUCCAUCCCUACUGAUUGGUUGGUUAACUAUUUCGGAAAGCUCAAUGUGGAACAAAGCAUUGCUUGCCUCAGGGCUCUUCUCGAUGAUAAUCAACAACAGAAUGUUCCUAUUGUCAUUCAAGUGGCAACCAAGUUUUCCGAUUUGAUUGGCUCCCAAGUACUGAUUAAGUUGUUCGAGGAAUACAGAUCGUCAGAAGGUUUAUAUUACUACCUGGCUUCCCUAGUAAACCUCACCGAGGACAAAGAUGUCGUGUUUAAAUUUAUCCAGGCAGCUGCUAAGGCGGGUCAAUACAAGGAAGUUGAAAGAGUGGUCAGAGACAACAACGUCUACGAUCCAGAAAGGGUAAAAAAUUUACUGAAAGAUUUAAAGCUACCGGACCAAAUGCCACUAGUAAUUGUUGCCGACCGUUUCGGCUAUAUUCAUGAUUUAAUCUUGUACCUGUACAAGGCUCAAGAUUUCAAGUUUAUCGAGGUUUAUGUCCAACAAGUAAACCCUUCGAAAACUCCACAAGUUAUUGCUGCUUUACUGGAUGUGGACUGCGACGAAAGGGUGAUCAAAAAUCUUUUGAUAACAGCUCUAGGUCAAGUUCCAAUUGGGGAGCUUACCGCAGAAGUUGAGAAGAGAAACAGACUUAAAAUAUUGCUCCCUUUCUUAGAAGCUACUCUGCAGCAAGGAAGUCAAGACCAAGCCGUUUUCAAUACCUUGGCCAAAAUUUACAUCGACUCGAAUAACUCUCCCGAGACCUUUUUGAAAGACAACAACCAAUACGACACACUUGACGUCGGUCGUUAUUGUGAGAAAAGAGAUCCUUACCUUGCAUAUAUCGCUUAUGAAAAAGGUUCUAAUGAUGAAGACCUUAUCAGAAUUACAAAUGAGAAUAGCAUGUACAAAUACCAAGCUAGGUAUUUGUUGAAACGCUCAGAUCUCAACUUGUGGAACACUGUCUUAAGUGACGAAAAUAUGCAUAGACAUCAAUUAAUAGAUGCCGUGGUGGGUACGGGAAUCGGCGAACUGACAGACCCCGAGCCAGUUUCCUUGACCGUGCAAGCUUUCAUGAGCAAUGACUUGAAAGGUGAGCUCAUCAAGCUCUUGGAAAAAAUCAUCUUAGAGCCUUCUCCUUUCAAUGACAAUCCGGCCCUUCAAGGUCUAUUGAUGCUAUCUGCAAUUAGAUACGAACCUUCUAAAGUUAGUGGUUACAUUGAAAAGCUCGAUAAGUUUGACUUGAAUGAAAUUGCUCCUAUGUGUGUCGAGAACGGCUUGAACGAGGAGGCCUUUGAAAUGUACAAUAAAAAUGAGAAAUUUGACAAGGCCCUUCAAGUUUUGGUUGAGGACAUCAUGUCCUUGGACCGUGCCGAAAGCUACGUCGACAAGAUCAACAAAUCUGAACUGUGGUCCCAACUUGGUGCCGCACAAUUAGUCGGGUUGAGACUUCCCGAGGCCAUUGAUUCUUACAUUAAAGCUAACGAUCCAUCGAACUAUGAAAGUGUUAUCGAGGUUGCUGAACAAGCUAAAAAGUACAAAGAGUUGGUACCAUACCUCUUAAUGGCUCGUAACACCUUGAAAGAGACAAAAAUCGACAAUGCCCUCAUUUUAGCUUACGCGGAAUUGGACAAAUUGCACGAGAUUGAGAAUCUAUUGAAUACCUCUACAGUGGCUGAUUUAGACUCAGUCGGCGGAUUACUUUUUGAAAACAAAGAUUUUAAGGCUGCCAAGCUUUGCUUUUCUGCCGUUUCCAAUUACUCUAAGCUAGCGACGACGCUUGUUUAUUUGAACGAUUAUCAGGCCGCAGUUGACACCGCCAGAAAGGCCUCUAAUGUUAGAGUCUGGAGAGAGGUCAGCGACGCCUGUGUUGACAAUAAAGAGUUCAGACUCGCUCAAAUCUGUGGGUUGAAUUUGAUUGUCCAUGCAGAGGAGCUUGAAGAGCUGGUACAAAAAUAUGAAUCUCAUGGAUAUUUCGAGGAGCUCAUUUCCCUUUUUGAGGCUGGUCUUGGCCUAGAAAGAGCUCACAUGGGCAUGUUCACUGAGCUCGCCAUUUUGUAUACCAAGUACGAUUCGAGCAAAACUUAUGAACACUUGAAAUUGUUCUGGUCGAGGAUAAACAUUCCAAAAGUAAUCAGAGCCGUUGAAAGCGCUCACUUGUGGAAAGAAUUGAUCUUCCUCUACGCGCACUACGAUGAAUGGGACAACGCAGCUUUGACGAUGAUUGAAAAGACUGCUGCUGACUUCGAUCACUCGUACUUCAAGGAGAUUGUUGUCAAAGUGUCCAAUCUGGAAAUCUAUUACAAAGCUAUUAAUUUCUAUGUCAAAGAACAUCCUUCUUUACUCAUUGACCUGAUGACUGUAUUGACAUCAAGACUGGACAUCCCAAGAACCAUUCGUAUUUUUACCAAAUCAGACAACCUUCCGCUUAUCAAGCCGUUCUUGGUAAAUGUUUUGCCAACUAAUAACUCUGUUGUUAACCAAGCCUAUCAUGACCUAAUGAUUGAGGAAGAAGAUUACAAGGCGCUACAAGACGCAGUUGACUCAUACGAUAAAUUUGAUCAGCUAGAACUUGCUUCACGUCUAGAGAAGCAUGAUCUGAUAUUUUUCAAGAAGAUAGCCGCACAGCUAUACCGCAGGAACAAGAAAUGGGGAAAGAGCUUGGCAAUUUUCAAAGACGAGAAGUUGUGGGCUGAAGCGAUUCAAACCACAGCCAUCUCACAGAGUACCGAGGUUGCUGAGGAGCUUUUAGAAUACUUUGUUGAGACUGAAAACAAAGAAGCUCUCGUUGCUCUGCUGUACACUGCAUACCACCUCAUCAGAUAUGACGUUGUAUUGGAAUUGGCUUGGUUAAAUUCAUUGGAGAACUUAAUCAAACCCUAUGAAAUCUCAGUUAAAAAGGAACAACAUACCAGCAUCAAAAAGUUGAUAGAAGAAUCCGAAAAGGGCAGCAAAAAAGAGUCUUCGGAUUCUAACGGCGAGUCACUCCUGUUGACUAAUGGAUCGAUGAACUACCAAGCGACUGGGCAAGCUUUUGGAAACUUUAUGUAA